CUCAUUUAAAAUACCUAUUGUUUAUAAUUAAUUGUUAAUGAGACACAUUUAUGUAUAGUGAUUGAGAAUAUAAUUAUAAUAUAUUAAAUGAUGAUAUCAUCAAUUUUUACUUAUGUUUUUAAAAUAAAACUCUAAUAUUUCUAAAAUAUAACCUCAACUUUAAUAAUUUUAUGUUAAGAAGUUUUUCUCAUUAGUUGAAAUAAAAUAGAAUUUUUAUUAAAACAAUAAAAAUGCCUCUAUUUUCAAGUAAAUUCUCACCAAAAAAAACACCACCAAGAAAGGCUCCUGUGUCAUUGUCAAACACAAAUCUCAGUCCCAAAAGAUUAGAAAAAGAAUUGGGACCCGAAGUUGGGCCGAUUAGAAUUUGUUUGGGAGAAAUGCAAGCUGUUUUUGAAAAUGGAGUAUGGAUUCCUGAAACUGGAGAAAUUGGAGGUACUUUUAAGGAAAACGAAAUAUUAAAAAAAGAAAUACAACAAUUAGAAGAGGAAAAUAAUUUGCUGAAACUAAAAUUUGAAAUCGUAUUAGACAUGUUAACUGAAGCAACAGCUGAGGGUAAUUUAGAGAAAGAAGAAAUUGAAAGGCUUAGGAGUCAAUUAUCUAUUAAACGAGCUGGUACUUAAAAUUUCGAUAUUUAAUAAAAAUGGAAAUCUAUCGAAAUCUAAAGAUUAAUAUAUAUAUAUAUAUAUCAAUGAAUUAUUAUAUUUUAUGAAAUACUUUAUUACAAAAAUAAAAAAGCUAAUUUCACUUUUACUAUA